AUGUUUGGUGAUAAAAUAAAUAUUUCUGUGUUAUCUACAUCAAGUGAAAAAGAAUUACAUAAUAAUAAUUUAGAAAAUGAACAACAUGAAGAAAAUAAAAAUUUAGAUGCAAAUGCUUUAUUAAGAAAAAAACGUGCUGAAGCUACACAACGAUAUAAAGAGGCUUUAAAAAAUCCUUCUGAUCCUGAAAAUGCCAAAAUUAUUGCUAAAAGAGAACAAAUGAGAUUGGCUAGUAAACUAAGGACGGCUAGAUAUCGUGAGAGACAAUACUUUUUAAAACAUGGCCAUCAUAAUAAUCUUGAAAAUGAUACUGGAAAUCAAUUAGAAGAAAAAAAAAAAGCUUUAGAACAAGUUGAGCGAGAGAUAAGAAAAACAAAAUAUAAAUUGGAACAACUUGAAAAUGUCAAGUCACAGAUUCUUCAUUCAAUUAUUAAUAAUACAAAACUUCGAACUUCUUUUACAUCAUCAAUUAUGUCAUGUAAAAAUGUACAAGAAAGUGAAAAAGAUAAUUGUGAAACAGAAGAAAAAAUUAAAACAUUAGAAACGUUACUAGUAAAUGAUGAGUACAAUGAGUUAACGUCAACUAAUAGUACCUCAUCACUUACUGAAAUAAAUAUUGAUACCGAUCCAUUAAAGGCAAUUGGACGGCUGUCAUCAUUGUGGUCAAAUGUAACUACUAUGAUAAAUGAUGCCUUAGAAAAGUCAAAUGUCACAUCAAAACCUACUCAAAAAGAUGUGUCUCCACUAUCACAUAUACAGUCUACAAAUGAUUUAUCAUUUCAAUCUAAAAAGACUAAAAGUUCUAUAAAUAUUGAUGAAAUUACUGAUAACUAUGAAAGGAAAAAAGCACUAGCCCGACUAAGACAACAACGAUAUAGAGCAAGAAAAGCAGCUGAAGCUUUAAAAGGAGAACUAAAAACAAAUUAA